GUCAACUCAAAACGUCAAUAACAAUUUUACAUUGCAAAAAUUGAAGAAAAAUGUCCCAACCCGCCUCAGAAACCGGAGGAGUGAAGCCAAUGAGCAUAGCAGAUCGCUUUGUGAGCGAAAGAGAACGCCUGCAUAGCAUGUCCAAAGAAGAGCGAGCUUUCAGAAAACAGUGGCUGAAAGAUCAAGUGUUGCACCCGAGGGAACCCUGCGAGGUACCCGAGAUGUACGCGGCGACCCACAAUCCCAUCAGAAGGGCCUACAAAUGGCCCCUCAACCAGCUCGAGAACGCGCUGAGGGGCCACUUUCGCUGCGAAACCGCCGCCCGAAUCAGGUACUACACGGGCCGGUCGAUCAUGAUUAUCGCCGGGGCGUACCUGAUGACUUACUACGUGAUGUACAACACCAACGACUGGACGCGCAAAAGCGGCAUGAGGGUGUCGCGAUCGAGGAUAGCGGUUCUUCCGGGCGAUCCGGACUUUCCGUGCGUUAGUACGAUGGAAAGGGCGGAUUACGCCGAUAGGGGAUUCAGCGAAUGCGGAUUAAAACUCUAAUUCCGAUAUUUUACUCGAGAAACUUGUUAUUGGAAUACAUUUCAUCGGAUUGUCUCCGACGUUGGGUCAUAUUUUAUUCAAAAUCCGCCGCGUCUGGACUAUGAAAGGCCCGUGGAAAAAGAACGCAUAAUGUAAAUCGAGCGUUCUGCAAACCUGUCGAAAAGCGAAAAAUUCGAGCUUAAUGCGAAACAAACGUAAAAGUUUAGUCACCUCCGCUUUCGGUCUGUAAUUAAAACCAAGCGAAAAAACAUUUUUGUAAAAAAUUGCGAGUCGCAAAGUCAAUUUGUCAGUACAUUGUACCUUUAGAAGAAAAUAAUAAUAAAUUAACUUUGUUCUCCA